AUGGAGAGACCAUCAAUAUCAGAGAGAUGGGUUUUCUGGUAUGGUGAACAUACAGUUUCAAAGGAGUGUGCAAGAAAAUGUGGGGAAAAUAUACAGGGGUGGAAUGAAGAAGAAUGUAUCUCAUGGGCUAAAAAUGGUUUCCAAAAUUUGCUUUUGCCUUUUGAAGACUCUAUUGAAGCAAAUUCCUUACUCCCUCGAUAUGUUGUAGAAAAGUUAAAAGAAAUUGCUGAAAAGAAUGCACAAAAAGGUAAUAGCCGAAGCCCAUAUCCAACAUCAGAUAGCAUAUUUCAUGUACCUCGUAAAGUAGAAAAUUUACAUGAACUUCACAACGGGUUAUGUAUUGAGGACAUCUGCCUUGCAUGUUAUUCUUUAAAAAAUCAAGACAAUGUCAUCUACAAACAUCCCUUAUUUAAUGGUGGUAUCUGCAGUGAAUGUAGAAUAUAUUGCACAGUGUGUGGAAGCUAUUCAAACAUGCACAAUGUAUGUGACAAAAUAGAUUGCGGAAGAUUGUACUGCCAUUAUUGUUUGGAAGCAUUUGGUGGAAGAUUAGAAAACUGGCAAUGUUUCCUUUGUAGUGAUUUCUUGAAGGAAAAUACUGUUCUAAGAAAAAGGGAAUUGUGGCAACUAAAUGUACUCAAGUUAUAUGAUGAAUCUGAAUACUGUGAAACAGAAUAUUUUCCUUGUUCAGAUUUUCCCAAAAGAAAAUUGCGAGUAUUAUCUUUGUUUGAUGGAAUAGCCACAGACAUUACAGGAUCAGGAUACCUGGUUUUUGAAUAUUUUCGACUAAAGGAAUUACUAGAAGAAAUUCAAAAUUCUCACAUAUUUUUUCUAUUUGAAAAUGUUACUCACAUGCCUCCAAAAUACAUACAACAAAUUUCCAGAUGUUUUCGCUGUUCACCAGCCAUGAUCGAUGCCCAGUUCUUUUCAGCGGCACAUAGAGCCCGUCUCUUCUGGGGAAAUAUCCCAGGAUUGCGGACAUUGAUGACACCCAGAAAUUCUCCAAAUCUCCAGGAGAAAAUAGUAGAAGGAUUUGGAAGAAUUGCAACCAGAGAGAAACUGUUGACAAUAACAACUAACUCAAAUUCAUUAAGACGAGACUCAUAUGGGCCGACUCCAGUCAAAAUGGAUGAUGAUGAUGUUUUACCAUGGGUAACUGAAUUGGAAGAUAUAUUUGGCUUUCCUUACCAUUAUACA